ACCAUGACGUCACAGUGAGCCUACGCGUUAGGUUCCAAAACUGUUACAAUAAAUAAGGGUCGAUUUUUUGUACAGGUUAUUACUGGUAGAAUAACUAGUACUGAUAGCGCGAACAAAAAUGCUACAAGAUAAAGUUUCGAGUAAGGAAAAAAAUAAGCCUGGACCUUCUGUUGAGGCCGAAAAUGCUGAGGACAAAAUCAAGGCUCGACGAAACCUGAUUACUGCACAAGUGCAGGCCAAGAAACAACGGGACCUUGGAGAUAACUUCCAGGAGAGAGUGGAAGAUCUGCCAAGUCAGAGACAAAUGGAAGAAAGUGAAAGAUACAUGAAAAAAUUAAAAGCAGAUAGCACAGAGCUGGUGAUCAACAUUUUGAUGGAGGCUGAUGCCAGGGAGUCGAAGAGGAGAGAAAAACUAAGGGACGCAAACAGACUAAGAUUGGAGAAGCUGGAAGAUGCAGCCAAGAAAAGCUCAGAGAAGUUCAGUGAGAUCAUGAACAAGUGGACUGAGGCCAAGACAAAAGUGAACCAUCAGGAGCUGGAAGAUGAUCUGAGAAAACAGCAAGAGCUCUGUUGGGAAAUCAUUGAAGACAAGAACAAGCUCAUCAGUGAAUUGCAGCAGGAGCUAAAAGAAAGAGAUAAUCGCUUUGAGAAAGAUCGCAAAAAAGAGGCAAUAGAAGUGGAUCUCUUAAUUGAAAGGAUGCAGGAACAGAUAUCAAGAUUGAAGGAGAACUAUAGAAAACAGCUAGACCUAAUUCAGACCUCAAUCUGUGAUGAGAGGAGAGAUUUGCUCACAGCCAGCAAGAACAAGUGGGAGCAUAAGAGGAAGGAACGAUGUGACAAAGAGCUGGAGUACUUGCUGCAGAGGAUGAAUAUGAUUGAGGAGCGCGAGGCCCUGCUGGAACGUCUGAGAAUGGAGAGAACAGAGGAGUCCAACAAGAUCAAAAUCAAACUAGACACUGGUGUACAGUGCCUAAAGCAAGACCUGCAGGAAGAGAAAGCUACCUACCAGUUUAAUCAGGAGAAGAUCGAGAACGACCUACAAAUGCUGAAGAAACAUGAGGAAGAGUAUGCCAUCAAUAAGGCUCAGCAGAAUAGGAUGGUCAUCAGACUGCAGGAUACGUGCAACGAUCUGAAAAAACAAACUGCCAUUCAGGAAAAGCAGUCCCAUGAGGAGAACCAGUCAUUGACGAAUAAGCACAAGCGCCUCAUGCAACAGUACGAAGAUAUUCAGAAGAGGAUAAGGCACUUUGCGGCGGUUGAUACCAAGCUUUACAAGGACGUUUGGUUGAUGAAUGAAGAUAAGGCCAAAGCGUUGGUGUGUAGAACUAUGGACGUGGACCGUGCUAUUCACGAACAAAUGCUGGGCCUGCCUUGGAGUCCCCCACCACUGCCCUUAAUGGAUCGUUCCAGCCCCAAGCAGCUCCUGGUAGAGGAGGAUGAGACACAGGAUCAGACAGAGCGAGAGACAGAGCAAGAGAGAAGUACACUGGAGGACUCUGGCAGUCUGGAGAACAGCAUGGCCGGGGUGGAUUGUACAACAGUAAAGAGGUUGCUGGAGCUUCUAUGUGAUGAGAUGGGCUUUCUAGUAGAGAGUAAGUUACUCAAGCUACUCUCUUCCAUUGAGAAGAAUGAACAGAUGUGUUUGAAGCUGGAUUCCAUUUUUUCUGCCAUGCAGAUUAAGAAUGAAGAGGAUAUAAAGAAAAUGACUAUGUUCUUUCUGAAAUACAAAGAACCACAAACAAAGAAGGAAAACAUGUCAGUGAGUAAUCAGGAAGAGGAGGAGUCCAAUCUUAUGCACCCAAAUGAUCUACUGAAAGCUCUCCGAGCCUUCAGUGCCCAGUACUGCAAAGCCAGAGCAACACAUAAGGCCAGUGCUCUAGAGCUGGAGAGGAUGAACAACUCUGAGGUCAAAGCAUACUGGGACAACAUAGCUAACGUCAUCCCCGAGUCCAAACUCAAAGUCUGGAGGGCGCUGGAGGCAGGUUUCAAGAUGUACCAUACUGAGCUGACUAAGAGAUCCAAGCUUCUGACUGAAACACAGCAACUCAAACAACAAAACUCAGAGCUCCGCAAUCUCCUGCACAAACAUCAAAACUCAUAGGUCAAUGCUGAACUGGUGAUCCCGCCCACCCAGAUGAUGCAGUGAUGAACAGUGGCAGUUGGUCAAUAGAGGGCGCUGGGGCAAUAAAGAGUUAACUCAAAUUUGAACAUGGCAUGCUCAAGCGCAGGUAUGUGAAUGGAGAGUAGAGCUGGAGAAGGGGAAUUAUACUAAUACAUUUUCUGUGUUGCACUGAGCCAAGGCAAGAAUAAAAACGUGAGAGACAGGUGCCUCGAAAGACAGCGCGCCAACCAGCACAGAGCCCUGUCUGCACGUGUCUCUAUGAAAUAAAAACAGUGAAAAGCGAAAUUGAAAUAAAGCACCUUUUAAAUUGUUCCAA